AUGACUUUAAUUAAUACGCUGCCCAUUCCACGAAAGAAGCAUGCAAAACUAUUCCACAAAAAGACUAGGACAGGCUGCCAGCGUUGUCGAGUUCGGCGAGUCAAGUGUGACGAAGCUAGGCCAAUCUGUAACAAUUGCAUACGGCUUGACUUGGAUUGCGAAUAUGCCCAGCCCCCUGCAGCAAAGAAGAGCAGCGAAAGCAACUCGGCUCAGUCGUCGGCUUCUCCAAGCGGCGGUGAAGGCGUGAUCAAUUCAGACGGCGUGGUGCAACUUGCGGAAACAACAGCACGGAGGAGGCUCGAACUUGAGCUGUUCUAUCAUUAUUCUACCGUCAUCGCACCAGUCCACAGUGUGGACAAGUUUUCUCAGGCUUUUCUAGGGCCUUUCAUGUGCCAAGCAGCUUUGCGGUCAGAUGCUGUCCUAUACGCAGUCUGCAUGGUGGCAGCUCUCCACAAAGCGCACAUAUCCGGUGAUGCCGGGUCGGAAUAUAUGGGUCAUUGCUUGACAUAUACGAAUUUGACUCUUCAGUCGCACCACCAGCAGGUGGCCAAUCUCGAUCCCGAUAAUGUGGAUUUUUCAUGCCUGACCUCUAGCCUUUUACGGGUUUACAGAUAUUAUCAGUUACAAAAUCGAUCCUUGGAACCGUAUACGCCUCCUGUUGAGUGGUUGCGCAUGUGCAACACCAGCAACAUUGUGUUCCGCAAGGCAUGGGCAUUUAUUGAAGAGAGACGUGAAUCAGUCAGCGGCAGGCUAAUGCUGGAAAUCUCACAAAAUCUGGAGGAAAAGAACAGAAUGGAGCAUUCUAAUGAGCUGAUACACCUGCUGCGACGCCAAGAGCCCCAUGAGCUGGAGGAACAAUGGGAUGACGAUGUUCACAACGUGUAUAAACGAACGCUGAGCUGCCUUGGUUGGCUCUGGAAACACAGAUUCGACAGCGAUCCUCCAUACGGCGUGUCGAGACGACUUUUUCUUUUCCCCAUGAUAGUGGACGCCCAGUUUGUGAUAUUUGUAGAGGAACAGCGGCCGCGAGCCCUCAUCAUACUGGCGCACUAUUUUGCAUUGCUUGCAAUUAUUCGUCAACUCUGGUUUGUUGGCGAUGCUGGUCUUCGCGAAGCUCAAGCAAUCGCGGUAGCGGUGCCUCCAGCGUGGCUGGGAAUGCUGAUACAACCACUGGAGAUAUUGAAGGAUCCAUCCUUGUUGUGCAAUGUUCAGCCCAAAAGUUGACAUGGUUGAUGAAAUAGUAAAUAAUAUUAAGUCUCUGCAGGGUGCGGGGAGCGAUGAUCACUCUGGAUGAGGAACCAGUUCUAUCGCUUAAGAGCAAUGGCCAAUUGCCAAUUAUUAGCCACAACCCUUGGUAGGAGUCGAUGCAGGGGCUGAUUUAACGCUGCAUGGCGUAGACAAAUCCGGCUGACGCACAGUAACUUGAGGGACGCUAUAUUGAAUAGGGAAAUUUUCAUGGGAGGGAGAAUUGAAGGAUC